UCUGCUCUCUCACUAUAUAAGACUUGGGAACAGACAGGUAUUUCCUCAGAGGCAGGUUGUUCGGUGGAUUCUACCGGACUUCCAGAAGAUGGGUAAAGGUGGUGGGACACGAAUACCACUAUGGAUAUCAAUACUAACCCUGGUCUUCAUACAGAUCAAAGCUUUCAACUCCCAAGGAGUGACAAUCAUUCCAUCUUUUCAAAAUACACUGAAAGUAAAGGCUGGCAACCCCUCUCACAAUGGCCGUGUGUGUAGCACGUGGGGUAACUUCCACUUCAAGACCUUUGAUGGGGACAUCUUUUACUUCCCUGGGGUCUGCAACUACAUCUUUGCAUCCAACUGCAAGUCUCCCUAUGAGGACUUCAACAUCCAGAUUAGGCGUGCAAUGGUGGAAAAUGCUACUGUGAUCACUCAUGUCAUCAUGAAGCUGGAAGGAACAGUGAUUGAACUGACCCCCACCUCUGUCCUGCUCGAUGACAAAUUGGUCCAGAUGCCCUACAGCCAUAUGGGAGUCUUGAUAGAGAAAAGUAACAACUAUUUGAAAGUUUCUGCCAAGUUGGGACUGACUUUCCUUUGGAAUGGACAUGAUGCCCUCUUGGUGGAACUAGAUAAGAAAUAUGCCAAUCAAACUUGUGGACUUUGUGGGGACUUCAAUGGAAUUCCGGUCAGCAAUGAAUUUAUUUCAGGAAAGACAAAACUGACGCCCAUACAGUUUGGUAACAGGCAGAAGAUGGAUGGACCCACAGAGCAGUGUGAUGAUCCUAUUCCUCCUACUACUCUGAUGAACUGCUCAAGAGAAUUUGCUUCUAUCUGUGAGACAGUAUUAACCAGCAAAGCAUUUACGAGUUGUAACAUGCUUGUGAACGUCCAGGACUAUAUUGAAACUUGCAUACAAGACCUGUGCCACUGUGACAGCUCUAUGGCUGACUUCUGCAUGUGCAACACCUUUGCUGAGUACUCCCGGCAGUGUGCUCAUGCAGGUGGACAGCCCCUGAACUGGAGAACCUCAGACCUGUGCCCCAAAUCAUGUCCGUUCAACAUGCAAUACCAUGAGUGUGGCUCUCCCUGCUCCGACACGUGCAGCAACCCAGAACGAUCCGCUCUUUGUGAAGAUCACUGUACAGAUGGCUGCAUCUGUCCUCCAGGAAUGGUGUUUGAUGACGUUAAUGGUGCUGGCUGCAUUCCCCGCACAGAAUGCCACUGUACCUAUGAGGGGGAAACUUAUGCUCCUGGUGCCUCCUUCUCAUCUAAAUGCAGAUCAUGUACCUGUGUUGGAGGUGAAUGGUCUUGUGUCACUCAGUCGUGCCCUGGGACUUGCAGUGUUGAAGGAGGUUCCCACAUUUCAACAUUUGAUGAGAAAUACUAUUCCUUCUUUGGAGACUGUAGUUAUGUCCUAACCAAGCUCUGUGAUAGCAAUGAAUUCACGGUGUUGGGGGAUAUCCACAAGUGUGGCCUGACUGACACUGAGACAUGCCUCAAGGGUGUAGCCAUCAGCUUAAAUGGAGGACAAACGAACAUUGUGAUCCAGCCUUCUGGGAGUGUAUUUGUGAAUAUGAUCUACACACAGUUACCAUUUUCAGCAGCAAAUGUCACCAUCUUCAGGCCUUCAUCUUUCUUCAUAAUUCUGCAAACAACUUUUGGUCUUCAGCUACAGGUUCAACUUGUGCCUUCAAUGCAAGUUUAUAUAGACCUAGACCCGUCACAUAAAGGGCAGACCUGUGGUCUCUGUGGAAACUUCAAUGAUGUCCAGACAGAUGAUUUCAAAACCACCAGUGGUGUGAUAGAGGGCACUUCAGCUGCCUUUGGCAAUACUUGGAAAACUCGGGCUGAUUGUCCUAAUGCCAAAAAUACCUUUGAGGAUCCCUGUACUGUCAGCAUCCAAAAUGACCAAUAUGCUCAGCACUGGUGUGGACUGCUCUCGGAUACCACGGGACCUUUUGCUGAAUGUCACUCAACAGUGAAUCCAGAAGUUUACCAGAAGACCUGUAUGUUUGACACGUGUAACUGUGAGAAGAGUGAGGACUGCAUGUGUGCUGCCCUUUCCAGCUACGUCAGAGCCUGUGCUGCAAAAGGAGUUCUUCUCACUGGAUGGAGGAGCAAAGCCUGCACAAAAUACACCACCUUGUGUCCGAAGUCCUUGACGUACACCUACAAUGUCAAUUCCUGUCAACCCACCUGCCGGUCUCUGAGUGAGCCUGAUGUCACAUGCAGCAUCAAGUUUGUCCCAGUUGAUGGCUGUACCUGCAUAAAUGGAACGUACAUGGAUGACAGUGGCAAAUGUGUGCCUGCUUCUAGCUGUCCCUGUUACUACAAAGGAAUGCCUCUGUCUUCUGGAGAAGUUGUUCAUGAUAAUGGUGUUGUCUGCACUUGCGCCUAUGGAAAGCUGAGCUGCAUUGGAGAGAAGCCUGAACCAGUCUGUGUGCCUCCCAUGGUUUAUGUUGACUGUGGCAAUGGCACUGCAAAUGUGGUAGGAGCAGGAUGCCAGAAGAGCUGUCAGACUCUAGACAUGGAAUGUUACAAAACUCACUGUGUCUCUGGCUGUGUAUGUCCUCAUGAUCAAGUGUUGGAUGGCAAAGGUGGCUGUAUAGCUCCAGAAGACUGUCCAUGUAUUCACAAUGGGAAUUCCUACAGUCCAGGAGAAUCAAUCAGAGUUGGCUGUAACAACUGCACAUGUAGAAACAGAAAAUGGCAAUGCUCUGAGGAACCCUGCCUGGAAACAUGUUCUGUUUAUGGAGAUGGGCAUUAUACCACCUUUGAUGGCAAACGCUUUGACUUUGAAGGAGACUGUGAAUAUGUUCUGGUCCAGAACUACUGUGGUCAACAAGCUAUGAAUCAGGGAACCUUCAGAGUCAUCACUGAGAACAUACCAUGUGGCACUACAGGAACUACCUGCUCUAAGUCUAUUAAAGUUUUCUUGGGUAACUAUGAGCUGGUACUCAGUGAUGGACACUCUGAUGUCAUCCAGAGGACACCUGGAGGAAAAAUGCCAUUCCAAAUCCGUUCCAUGGGCAUCUACAUGGUGGUUGACACUACUGUUGGUCUGAUACUCAUGUGGGACAAGAAAACCAGUAUAUUCAUCAAACUUAGUCCCAGCUUUCAGGGCCAUGUGUGUGGACUUUGUGGAAACUAUGAUGGCAAUGGAAAUAAUGACUUCACUACUCGAAGUCAGUCUGUGGUAGGAAAUGUGCUGGAGUUUGCCAAUAGCUGGAAAGUGUCUUCUAGUUGCCCAGAUGCCAAUCGUACCCAGGAUCCAUGCUCUGCAAACCCAUACAGGAAAGCCUGGGCACAGAAGCAAUGCAGCAUCAUUACCAGUGAAGUGUUUGCAAACUGUCACUCACAGGUUGAACCAAAUGAGUAUUACCAAGCCUGUGUGGAUGAUGCUUGUGCCUGCGACACUGGAGGAGACUGUGAAUGUUUCUGCACAGCAGUAGCUGCCUACGCUCAAGCAUGUAAUGAGCUGGACAUCUGCAUAUCAUGGAGAACCCCAUCCAUUUGUCCUCUGUUCUGUGAUUACUAUAAUCCACAAGGGGAAUGUGAGUGGCACUACAAGCCAUGUGGAGCACCUUGUAUGAAGACCUGCAAUAAUCCAAGUGGGAAAUGUCUUCAUGAGAUGAGGGGUUUGGAAGGCUGCUAUCCACAAUGUCCCAAAAAUAAGCCCUAUUUUGAUGAGGAAACCAUGAUCUGUGUUUCUAAUUGUGGUUGUUAUGAAGAUGGAAAAAAUUACAAACCAGGAAUGGAGAUGCCUUCAAAGCAGAAUUGUGAAUCAUGUGAAUGCACAAUUCAUGGCAAAGAAUGCAGAUAUGAUGAACAUGAAUGUGUGUGCAUUUAUGAGGGGCAGAAAUACAACUACAACGAUGUGGUCUACAACACUACAGAUGGCACAGGAUGGUGUAUUGUUGCAACCUGUGGUCCUAAUGGAACGCUUCAAAGAUUUAUCCAUGACUGUCUAACCUCAACAGCACCCACAACAGCAACGACAUUUCACUUCAGUUCUACACCAGCUACCACUACUUCCACAGUGUCACCAACUACGUCAGUAUGUGUUCAUGAAGUCUGUACGUGGUCAGAAUGGUAUGAUGGGAGUCUGCCAACCCCUGGCUAUGAUGGGGGAGAUUUUGAAACUUUUCAUGAUUUACAAGCAAAAGGAUAUGAAGUCUGUAAAGCUCCAAGGGCUGUGGAAUGUAGAGCAGAAAAAUUCCCUGAUAUACCACUGAAAGACCUUGGCCAAAAAGUAGAAUGCAGUACAACGAACGGCCUGAUAUGUUACAACAAGGAUCAAAUUUCAACAAUGUGCAACAACUAUGAAAUAAGAAUCCUCUGCUGUGUUUUUGUACCAUGCUCUUCCACAACGCCUCUGAGCACAUCAACCCAGGUCACAACUUCAGCUCCGACAGAAACAUCUACUGAAACAACACAUUCAGUUACUACAGAACGUACAACAUUCACACCUUCGACUACUGAAGGAACAACAACCACAACUAAAAUGAUGACACCGGUCACCACAUCCCCUUCAACAAUUCCUCUUUGUUUCAAGGAAAAAUGUUACUGGUCAAGAUGGUAUGAUGUCAGUUAUCCAGGGUCAGGUUACGAGGAUGGAGAUUUUGACACCAUUCAGAACAUUAAAAACAAAGGAUACAAAGUUUGUGAAAAUAGAAAGGAUGUGGAAUGCAGAGCAGUACGGUUCCCGAAUACGCCAUACCCUCUACUAGAGCAACACAUAACAUGUAACACAGAAGAAGGGUUGAAAUGUUACAACAAAGAUCAACUGCCACCCAUCUGCUAUAAUUAUGAAUUAAGAUUUAAAUGCUGCAUAAAUAUAAGUGUACCAUGCGAAACAACCCCUGAAAGUGUUACUACAACAACAGAACCAACUACAGUUUGGUCAAGAACAACAUCCAAUAAAGGACCAACAACAUUAAGUUUACAAACAAAACACAGGACAACAACUGAAUACACCGUCCAACCAAAAACAGAUUACAUACAUACCAGAAUAACAUCAAAACCAACUACAGAAAAAAAUUACACAGAAGUAAUAAGCAGCACAACACCAAAACCCACCACCACCUCCACCACCACCUGUCAAACCACCACCUCCACCACCACCUGUCAACCCGAAGUGUGCACCUGGAGCGAGUGGUUUGACGUUGACUUCCCCUCCUCGGGGCCCAACCAGGGAGACUUUGAAACCUACCAGCACAUCCGCGCCGCCGGCAAGCGAAUCUGCCGGCAGCCAAAGGAGAUCGAGUGCCGGGCGGAGGACUACCCCGACGUUGCCAUCCAGCAGGUGGGACAGGUCGUGCAGUGCGACGUCCACUUUGGACUGGUGUGCAAGAACGAGGACCAGACGGGCAAAUUCAAGAUGUGCCUCAACUACAAGAUCCGCGUGCUCUGCUGCACCCCCAACUACAACUGCUCCAUCCAGAUCCCCUCCACCCACAGCAGCCCCACCACCAGCACCGUGACCACAACGCUGCCAACCUCCUCCCCGGUCACCACCUCCACCUCCACGCCCUACACCUUCACCACCACCAGUCCCACCUCCACGGAAAUCAGCACUUCCACCAGCACCACGCCACUGACGUCCACCACCACCUCCACCACCACCUGUCAACCCGAAGUGUGCACCUGGAGCGAGUGGUUUGACGUUGACUUCCCCUCCUCGGGGCCCAACCAGGGAGACUUUGAAACCUACCAGCACAUCCGCGCCGCCGGCAAGCGAAUCUGCCGGCAGCCAAAGGAGAUCGAGUGCCGGGCGGAGGACUACCCCGACGUUGCCAUCCAGCAGGUGGGACAGGUCGUGCAGUGCGACGUCCACUUUGGACUGGUGUGCAAGAACGAGGACCAGACGGGCAAAUUCAAGAUGUGCCUCAACUACAAGAUCCGUGUGCUCUGCUGCACCCCCAACUACAACUGCUCCAUCCAUAUCCCCUCCACCCACAGCAGCCCCACCACCAGCACCGCGACCACAACGCUGCCAACCUCCUCCCCGGUCACCACCUCCACCUCCACGCCCUACACCUUCACCACCACCAGUCCCACCUCCACGGAAAUCAGCACUUCCACCAGCACCACGCCACUGACGUCCACCACCACCUCCACCACCACCUGUCAACCCGAAGUGUGCACCUGGAGCGAGUGGUUUGACGUUGACUUCCCCUCCUCGGGGCCCAACCAGGGAGACUUUGAAACCUACCAACACAUCCGCGCCGCCGGCAAGCGAAUCUGCCGGCAGCCAAAGGAGAUCGAGUGCCGGGCGGAGGACUACCCCGACGUUGCCAUCCAGCAGGUGGGACAGGUCGUGCAGUGCGACGUCCACUUUGGACUGGUGUGCAAGAACGAGGACCAGACGGGCAAAUUCAAGAUGUGCCUCAACUACAAGAUCCGCGUGCUCUGCUGCACCCCCAACUACAACUGCUCGUUCUCCACCCCUUUAACUACCACUAGGACAUCCACAAUUAUUACACAUAGUGAACAUUUCUUUACCUCAUCUCCACCUGUGGUUUCUACUACGCCAUGUUUCUGCAAGAUUGGUGAUGCAGUUUUUUCUCCUGGUGAUUUGAUUUACAAUAGAAUGGAUAGUGAUGGAUGCAGAUUUUAUGCCAUUUGUAGCCCAACAUGUGAUAUUGAACGACACACUGGGAAUUGUAAUGUCUCUACUUCACCGGCCACUACUUCCUCUGAGUGGUCUACAGUAACAACAUCAGUUCCUUUGCGUCCCACCUCUGCAAGUGUUGUUUUUCAUGGUUGUGUUUCCGCUCUUUAUCCUCCAUUACAACCUGGAGAAAGAUUCAAAUUAUCCAACUGUACAGAAGUGAUCUGUAAUGGAGACAACGAUAUAGAUGUAGUACCAACGGUCUGCCCACCCGUAAAGGAAAUUACCUGUGCGAACAGAUAUCCACCAGUGCUGGUACCAGAUGAAAAUGGAUGCUGUUACCGAUAUGAGUGUCAAUGUGUUUGUAGUGGAUGGGGUGAUCCUCAUUACAUUACUUUUGAUGGAAUCUAUUAUACCUUCCUUGAAAACUGCACUUAUGUCCUGGUGAAACAGAUUGUCCCUAGAUAUGACAACUUCCGUGUUUACAUUGACAACUACUACUGUGAUGCAAAAGAUGGGCUCUCUUGCCCUAAAUCCAUUAUUAUUUUCUACAAAUCUGCAGAAGUGCUCCUGACUCGUGAACUCAUGAAUGGUGUGAUGACCAAUGUGAUGUACUUCAACAAAAAGAUUGUUGAACCAGGCUUCAAAAAAGAUGGCAUUUCUUUCUCCACUCUUGGCAUCAAUAUGAUUGUUGAAAUAGAAGAAAUUGGUGCUGUCAUCACCUUUAGUGGUCUGAUUUUCUCUGUGAAGCUCCCUUACAGCAAAUUUGGAAACAAUACGGAAGGACAAUGUGGAACAUGUACAAACAAUAAAGCAGAUGAAUGCCGCUUACCAAGUGGCAAGAUAAUUUCCUCCUGUCCCCAAAUGGCUCAUCACUGGAUUGUUGAUGACAACAAGUCGUGCCAUGGAAUACCAGUACCACCAACUAUAACAACACCUCCACCCAAGCCGCAAUGUCAAACACCUCUGCUCUGCAAGCUUAUCUUGAGCGAGGUUUUUGCAGAAUGUCAUACAGUGAUACCACCAGAACCAUUUUUCAAAGGCUGUGUUUUUGAUGGAUGUCGCAUAGACGAUGAAUCCAUGCAGUGUUCCAGUUUGGAGAUAUAUGCCACAGAGUGUGCUGCUAGAGGUGUCUGCAUUGACUGGAGAGGAAUGACCAACAAUACAUGUUCAUUCAGCUGUCCAUCAAGCUUGGUAUACAAGCCAUGCGGGCCCAUCAAUCCAGUUACCUGUGACCAAAGCUAUGAGCGUCCUGGCUAUGGAGUAACUGAAGGCUGUUUCUGCCCUGAAGGAAUGACACUCUUGCGUGCAGAGAGCAACAUCUGUGUCUCUGAAUGUGUCUGCAGAGAACCAAAUGGAAUGUCCAGAUGGCCAGGAGAAAAAUGGACAAAAGAUUGCCAGGAAUGUGUCUGUGACAAAAAUACUCUUCAGGUGAAGUGCACAAAACACGAAUGUUCUCUGACACAGCAAGUAUUUUGUGAAGAACCAGGUUACAUGCCUGUUCAGAUACAGAUACCGGAAGAUCCAUGCUGUACUAGGACUGAGUGCUACUGCAACACAAGCCUCUGCCCUGAUAUCACCCCCCAGUGCUUAGAGGGACAGGAAAUAAUCACAAUAAUGCCAUCUGGAAACUGCUGUCCUAUCUUUGAAUGCAGACAGGGCUGUGUAGUCAACGAAACCUAUUAUGCACCUGGAGCUGCCAUUCCAUCAGGCCCCUGUGAAGAAUGUACCUGCUCUGAAUCCUCUCCCUCAAGCCCUCACCACCCUUGGGUCACAUGCCAGCCCAUUAUCUGUGACACAUUCUGCCCGCUGGGCUAUAAAUACACAGUGGAACCUGGACAGUGCUGCGGCACAUGCAAGGCAGCAGCUUGUGUAGUGACGCUGGGAGACAACAUUACACACGUGCUCCAUGAAGGAGAACAUUGGAAUCCACCUGGUGAUAACUGUACUGUUUACACAUGUGAAAAGCAUGGUGACCACUUCAUUCAAGUCAUCAAAGAGGCAAGCUGUCCUGACUUUAACCCUGAUGAGUGUGAUCCAGAUGAUGUCAGGUUAUCUGACGAUGGUUGCUGUUUAGUGUGCCGAAGAAUACCGAAACUUUGUAUGAAGCACAAUAUGACUACUGUCAUCAACUAUAAUGGCUGUGUAUCUCCUGCACCUGUUGAGAUAACAUACUGUGAAGGCAGCUGUGAUGCUUACUCACGAUAUUCUCAAAUGACAAACACGAUGGUGCACAAAUGCUCGUGUUGUCAGGAAAUCAAGACCAGCAAAAGAAAGGUGACUCUGAUGUGCAGUGACGGAACCUCCCUCGAGCACUCCUACACCUACGUGGAGAAAUGCAGCUGUGUGGGUGCUGAGUGCAUUACUCAAGACAACACCCAACAGGAGACACAGCAGAUAAAGACCUCUCAGGAGCAAACAAAUAUCAAAAAUUAGAGCUAGAGAGAAGUCCUCAAACAAGGGCUGAGCAUAAGACUAAAUAAAGAAA